CGGAUCCGCUGACGAAAAUCCCAAUCGGCUUCUCUCUUCCUUAACUAACGCAAUUAGAGACUUCUUUACCUUGCACCGAUAGACUAGACUAUGCGAAUCUCCAACAAACCCUCUCUUCUCUCUCCACACACAUGAAUUGCGACAUCUCCUAACAUCAAGUAGGAGAGAGAAAACCAACCGAUGAAGAACAACAGUAUGCCCGACAAGCGGACCUUGCCGGUGGACCCGAAUCUCCCCAGAUGGGUCUGCCAGAACUGUCGCCACAACCUCUGCAUCGUCGGCAUCGAUUCUUACGCCGACAAGUUCUUGAACGACUCCUCCUUUCGCUCUGGCAUGCAGGAUUUUUCAGUCCAUGGGGCUGGCAGUGUGUUAGGUUCUACUCGCAUGGACCAUUCUUUUGUUGUGUUGCCAAAACAAAGAAAUCAGGCAGCGGGAGUCCCUCCUCGGCCUCGUGGUGGAGCUAUGCAACCUGAUACAAGCCAGUCUGGGAAGGCAAUGGAAGAAUCCUUUGUGGUGUUGCCUCCACCGGCUGCUUCUGUGUACAAGUGUGAGUCUCCAAUUGAUGGAGGUGGGACCCAUUUGCCGUCACCUGAGGGUGGAACCGGUGCUCCUAUGCAGCCAAACAAUUCUGGGUUUCACUCAACCAUAACUGUCCUGAAGCGUGCAUUUGAUAUUGCCACAACCCAGACGCAGGUUGAACAGCCUUUAUGCCUUGAGUGCAUGAGGGUGUUAUCUGAUAAACUUGAUAAGGAGGUUGAAGAUGUGAACAGGGACAUCAAAGCAUAUGAAGACUGUCUCCAGCCCUUGGAGGGGGAGACACGAAAUGUUCUUAGUGAGGCUGAUUUUUUCAAGGAGAAACUGAAGAUUGAAGAAGAAGAACGGAAACUUGAAGCAGCAAUUGAGGAAACAGAGAAACAGUGUGCAGAAGUAACUGCUGAAUUGAAGGAACUAGACAUUAAAUCUAGCCGCUUUAAAGAGUUGGAGGAGCGGUAUUGGCACGAGUUCAAUAAUUUCCAGUUUCAGUUAAUCUCACAUCAGGAAGAGAGGGAUGCAAUUUUGGCCAAGAUUGAAGUUUCACAAGCGCAUUUGGAGCUGUUGAAGAAAACUAAUGUGCUCAGUGAUGCCUUUCCUAUCUGGUAUGAUGGAGAAUUUGGAACUAUUAACAACUUUCGACUUGGAAGGCUUCCUAAAAUUCAGGUUGAGUGGGACGAGAUAAAUGCUGCUUGGGGCCAAGCUUGUCUUCUCCUUCAUACAAUGGCUCAAUAUUUCCGGCCAAAAUUCCAAUGUCGGAUAAAAAUUCUUCCAAUGGGGAGUUAUCCUCGAAUUAUGGACAGCAGCAACAAUACUUAUGAGCUAUUUGGGCCAGUGAACUUGUUUUGGAGCACUCGCUAUGACAAAGCAAUGACAUUGUUCUUGACUUGCCUUAAGGAGUUAUCAGAGUUUGCAAAUUCUAAAGAUAAGGAAAACAACAUACCACCUGAGAAAUGUUUUAAGCUUCCUUACAAGAUUGAGAAUGACAGAGUGGAAAAUUACUCCAUCACUCAGAGCUUCAACAAACAGGAGAACUGGACAAAAGCUCUCAAAUACACCCUCUGCAAUUUGAAAUGGGCUCUAUACUGGUUUAUUGGGAAUACAAAUUUCCAGCCUCUUUCUGCAACGGUAUCUUCACAUACUGAAGUUCCAGCUGCAAGCUCAAGGCGACCUUCUGCUCCAUGAGUUGACAUAGUCCUGCAAUCACUUCCCCAAACUGAGAGUUCUUGUACACAAAGCGCACUGCAAACUCCAAGUCCGAACUCAGAAAGUCAUUAAACAGAACAUAUACAAGUACAUUGUAAGGAACACCAAAGUGUAAAUAGAUAUACAGAUACAAUCUUGUUCAGUUCAUAGGAAAUUAUCCCUAGCUGGAACCUUCAAUUAUUCUGGGUUAUAAAUAUUUUGGGAUGUAUCAGAAGAGUUUUUAUAUUUAAAACUCAACUUUCCAUAUGGUUGCUAAAUGUUGUCGCCUUAUUUUCCUUGCCACUUGGCAGAACCUUUUUGUACAUAGAUGUCAAUUUUAAUAAACAUUUUAAAUCUUAGAAAAA